CUUUAAUGGAAAGCACAUGGAUGUGAUUUGGAUGUGAUGUCCCAGUCUCAUCAUCACCAUCUUCAUCAUGUCUCCAUCAGCUCCUGAGAGCAAUGCUGCUGUUGUCCACGAGCAGACGGACGCUCCACGGGAAGUGCAACAACCACUGAAGCAGUCCCUGAGCAAGUCCCUGUGUCGCGAGUCGCACUGGAAAUGCCUUCUCCUCUCGCUGCUGAUGUACAGCUGCAUGAUCGCAAUGACUUGGUGCCAGGUCACAAAGGUGACGCGCCUCACAUUCGACAGCGCUUUCAAGGGAAAGUCGAUGAUAUACCACGAUAGCCCAUGCUCCAACGGCUACAUCUACAUCCCGGUGGCCUUCCUCGUAAUGCUCUACGUGGUCUACCUCGUGGAGUGUUGGCACUGUUACGCGUGCAACAAAGUUCAAUUUAAAGUGGACCUGGAGAGCGUUGCAGAUCGCGUGCAACGGAUGCAGCAAGCCACUCCUUGUAUCUGGUGGAAGGCCAUUAGUUACCACUACAUUCGACGGACACGACAAGUGACUCGUUACCGCAAUGGGGACGCUUACACGACCACACAGGUUUACCACGAGCGUGUCAACACCCAUGUCGCAGAAGCCGAGUUUGAUUAUGGGAAUUGUGGCGUCAAGGACAUCUCGAAGAAACUGACAGGACUCGACAGCUUCCCUGUGACUAAGCUACGCUUCACGAAGUGCUUCAGCUUCGCCAACGUGGAGUCAGAAAACUCCUACCUGACUCAAAGAGCGCGGUUUUUCACUGAGAAUGAGGGACUGGACGAUUACAUGGAAGCCCGCGAAGGGAUGCACCUCAAGAAUGUCGAAUUCAAGGAAUACGUGAUUGCCUUCUCAGAUCCAGAUCACUUGCCGUGGUAUGCGUCACAAUGUAUGUUUUGGUUGGCUGCAUCGCUAACUUUAUCGUGGCCGUUGCGGGUGUUAACGGAGUAUCGUACGGCGUACCUUCACCAUCACGUCGAGAAGCUUUUCGGCUUUGAAUACGCAGCCGUAACGCCCUUGGAGGAGAGGCCAUAUUGUCACCACAUCCCGCGGGUCAACACUAUCGAUAGUACAGAACUGGAAUGGCAUAUUCGCUCAAACCAACAGCUAGUGCCUAGCUACUCCGAGGCUGUGCUAAUGGACCUCGCGCAACAAUCCAGUCGCAACACGUUCUCGACACGUGGAAUCGGCGCAGCGGGGGGCAGCGGUUUCGCCGGCUACCGCCAGAACUGUGAGCGCUGCCACCGGUCUAUCAGCAGCUCGUCGAUCUUCUCGCGCAGCGCGCUAAGCAUCUGCAACACUAGCAGCCCGCGCUUGCCCUUCAGUAGCAGCCGUUUUUCACUCGGACGCAUGUACGGCUCAAGACGCAGCUGCCUUUGGAGGAGUCACAGUAGUAGUCUCAACGAUCCCAGCUGUCCGACCGAAAGCACACGCUGCCUGGCAAAUCAGUCGACCAAUGAGGAAAGCCCACCUUCUCCACCGGCCUAUCAGGAUGCAAUGUACUUUCCAGUACUGAUUAUACAUUGCAAUGAGGGCUGCGUCAGUCACGAGCACAAUUCACUGCACCGCAACGGCGCUUGUGUGGAGACUUCGCUAUAA